AUGAAAAUUCUUAGCAAUGGUGAAGGGUGCGAUGAAGAAAAUAUUAAGGAAUGGCUGAACCGCGAUAAUGAAGACCCUGGAUUCCAAAUAUUAACUGAUGAAGAAACCAUUGAGGAUUUGAACAAUAACAAGAGGGAAGAUGAAGAAGAGACUGAAACUGGGGAUAUUCAGGGUCAAAUAUAUCAUCGAACAGGUUCCUUAUUGCCAAUGCCUUAUGAACACUAUACAUUUUUGCAAAUAUAUUUUAUGGGCGAUUUAGCAAGAGAAGUCGAUCAGCGUUGCGCACACAACAACUCGGUGAAAACAUCCAUUGUGGAACAACUUCAAACAUUUUUCCAUCAACACAAUGAAUUAGUUGCAUUAUUCACAACUGCAUUAGACCGCAUGCCAUCAGAUAAUCAUAAAAUUGUCAUCAGAGCCGAUAAGGCGCCUGAAGGACAACAUGCUGGACGUUAUAAUGCGCCAACAAUUGAUGAAGUGUCUAUUGUCGUCGUGGGAGAAAAUUUAGAAAACCGAGACAUUGUUUUACUUCGACGGAACGACCAACUUCAGCGUGUGUCUGAAACAUAUCGAUCAUAUGAUGCCUUCCAAUAUCCUAUCCUAUUUUGGCAAGGUGAAGACGGCUAUCAUUUUUCAAGUAAGAUGAUAAGUCCAGUUACAGGUGCUGAAACGAACAAAAAAGUUAGUUCAAUGAAUUAUUAUUCAUACAGACUGAUGGUUCGGGAAAUGAGGACAAUCACAUCUUAA